UUGACUUUAAGUGUGGGGGAUAUAGAUUUUUAUAGGAUGUAGGGGCAUUGUGCAAUGCGAUGUGGGCGUGUAGAGCGUCGUCGGCGGCGGUCCGUAAUCCGUAGAGCGUGGCGAGUGAUGGCCGCGCGCGGCGACGCGUGCUCUCGGCAGUAAUGGUGAUGGAGCGGCUGGCGGACUUUGUGAGCAAGUCGCUGGAGGGUGGCGAGGCGCCGGCGCCGCCGCCGGAGCCCGGGGAGGAUGACGGCGACGACGUGGAGGUGGACAUCACGGCGCUGGAAGAAAAGCUUCCGCCGGCCAAGAAGCCGCGCAACUGGCUCGUCUCGCCGGUGCCGUCGCAGCAGUGCAAGAGGGAGCUGACGAUAGAUGAUGACGAUGACAGCAAACAUGAUAUCACGGACAAAUCCCCAAACGGGGUGGGUGGUGGAGCCGGCGGCAAGCAGCGGCGGUCGCGGACCAACUUCACGCUGGAACAGCUGGGCGAGCUGGAGAGGCUGUUCGACGAGACGCACUACCCUGACGCCUUCAUGAGGGAGGAGCUCAGUCAGCGACUCGGGCUCAGCGAGGCGCGGGUGCAGGUGUGGUUUCAAAACAGACGAGCGAAAUGUCGGAAGCACGAAAGUCAAAUGCAUAAAGGUAAGAAAAUCUAUUGUUCACAUCCCAAAGGCAAUCUAUAUCCAUUAUGUGUUUUCUAUAGAUAUUUAUCAAGAUGGAAACCGCACUCCUCGCCGCCCGCCGCCUUCGCCCCCUUCGACUCGGCGUUGCUCUCUGCUGCGGCACACCAGUACGCCAGCGCGGCAGCGGCGGCGGCGGCAGCUCUGUGCCCGCCGUACGCCGGACUGGCGGCGUUGGCGGCGCGCUGCCGCUCGUCUUCCAUCGCCGACCUGCGGCUUAAGGCGCGCCGCCACGCCGCCGCCAUCGCCGCCGCGCGCGCGCCCUCGCCGCCCGCCGCUCCCGCCUCCGCCGACACAUAG